UUGAGUUUAUUGGAUAAGGCAGUCACAAACAGCCAAUCAUGCUACUCAUGUUCUCAUCUCUCCGUGGCACUUGCUAAACAUCAUCUUUCCAUUACGUGCGAUUUUCUUGACAGAAAAGAUGAAGCUUUGAAAUUGGCAAGAGAAGCGUUUGAUAUUGCAAGAGUAUCAUUAUCAUCAUCAAAUUGUGAUUUGGCGUCGUAUAUGAACGGGAUCGGUUGUUGUUUUGGAGGUCGAGGAGACUACAACAAAGCCAUCGUGUGGUAUGAUAAAUCUCACCAAUUGCUGAAAAACCUACCUUCUUCGCCUACGCGAGACGGCAUCCUUUCAGAAACUCUUAACUAUCUUGGUAGUUGCUACAGUGAAUGCGGAGAACUUGAGGAGAGUGCAAAGUUACUGGAGGAGGGCGUUGCUAUCACACAAUCGUGCUACUCACCUUCUCAUCCCUUCGUGGCAUCUGGUAUAUAAUAAUAAGAAAUUAAUGGUAGAAAUGCGUAUUUUUUAUGGUAUUGAAUAUAUUCAGCUUUGCGUUUUCUUUCAAUAACGUAUGAACUUCUGGACAGAAAAGAGGAAGCAUUGCAACAUGCAAGCAAAGCGUAUGACAUAGCAACCGCAUCGUUGCAGCCGUCACAUCCUACUUUGCCGCAUUAUAUGAAUGCUGUGGGAAGCUGUAAUCGAGCACAAGGAAACUACGAUGAAGCCAUAUCGUGGCAUAAGAAAGCUCGACAAUUGCAUCUAAGACAAGAUCAUUCGCCUGAUCGAGACGAAAACGUCGCUAUAAAUUUGUAUUACUUGUCUCUCGACCAUGACGAGCAAGGUUGUUGGACAGAAGCCACAAAGCUGUGUUUGGAAUCUAUAGAAAUGGAAAAAAAGCGUCUCUUUCCCAAUCAUACAUUUAUUGCUAUUCGUACGAUGCGCUUAGGUUCGUAUGAAAUCAAGACCGCAAGACUUGAAGAGUCUAUGACUCACUUGCAAACUGCCUUCUCCCAUUUGCAAAAAGAACUACCUACUAGUCAUUACACAGCAGAUUGUCACUUUUACCUUGCUAAAUUAUUCCUUGCCAUGAAAGAAGUAUGCCAAGCCAGUAUACAUGUAGAGAAAUGUUUUGAGAUACGAAAGACGAUUUUUCCAGUUGGUCACUGCAAGAUCAGGGACGCCGAGUGUUUAAGACAAGACAUUAGAGAGCUGAAUGCAAAUGCUAGUGACUGAUUUGAUAUUUGUACUUUUCUGACUGUGUAUUGCUGUAUUAGAUUGUGAUCUUUUCAAAAUUGAUGGGAAUGGUUUGCAUGGUGCACUAAAACUCCAGGAAUGUCUAGAUAAGAUUGGAAAUUGCACCCUAU